ACAAGAUAAGCGCACAUCAUGUGCCAAUUUGCUUCAGUCGUAUAGUAAUCAUCACCGCGCACAGGUAUGACACAGAUGGAUCUAUUCACGGUAAGCGCCAUCGGCGCUUUCAUUUUGCUACUGAUUCACUAUGUACGGAAGAAGCACGAAUACUUCCUAACUAAACCGGUACCAUGCGUGAAACCAUCUUCAUUCCUACUGGGGAGUAUCGCCCCGUUACUUUUCCGCAAAAUGGACAUAGCCUCCUUCCUGGCAACACUUUACAAGACCUUUCCCGGAUCCAAGAUAAUUGGCUUCUACGAUUUUCUGCUGCCGACCUACCUGAUAUGUGAUGCUGAUGUGAUUAAACAGAUCGCUGUGAAGGACUUCGACCACUUUAUGAACCACACGGCGAGCCCCAGCUCGGAACAAAACGACGAUCGGGACAGUUUGUUCCAGAACACGCUGUUUGCGCUGCGCGGCCAGAAGUGGAAAGAUAUGCGCGUGACGCUGAGUCCGGCAUUCACCGGAAGCAAGAUGAGGUUGAUGUUUGAGCUGGUGAGGGACUGCGGUAAAUCGAUGGCGGCAUUUGUGAAGGCGGAGUCUGUCGCUGGAAAAAGGUUGCAGUAUGAAAUGAAGGACAUCUUCACACGGUAUGCGAACGAUGUGAUCGCAACGGUUGCGUUUGGAAUCGAAGUGGAUUCUCUGCGCCAUCCGGACAAUGAUUUCUACACUCGAUGCAAGAAGAUGAUAAACUUUCAGAGGCUGUCGGUGGUGUGUAAAAUUUUUCUGCUCAGAUCUGUUCCAUCGUUAGCGCAGAAGUUAAAGCUACAGCUCGCGGACGCUGAAGCGGCAGAAUAUUUUAAGGCGGUGAUUACCGACAAUAUGAGACAGAGAGAAGCGAACAGCAUUAUGCGCAACGAUAUGAUUCAUAUGCUAAUGGAGGUGCGUAAAGGAGCGUUGAAACAUCAGAUGGGGGAGCACCAGAUGAAGGAUGCUGGCUUCGCCACAGCGGAAGAAUCUGUCCUUGAAGACAUUACACGCUCCAGAGUGUGGUCGGAGAAUGAACUUCUGGCACAGUGUUUCAUGUUUUUCCUAGCAGGUUUCGAGACCGUUUCAUCAUGUUUAUCUUUCACGACGUACGAACUCGCUAUCAAUCCGAAAAUUCAGCACAGGAUGUUCGAGGAGGUUCAGGAAACUGAACGUACGCUCAAAGGAUCACAGCUGACGUACGAAGUGCUCCAAAAAAUGGAAUACAUGGAUAUGGUUGUGUCGGAAGCGCUGCGUUUGCGUCCUCCGGUUUCCAUCUCAAAGCGCGUUUGCAAUAAAGACUAUCUGUACGAUGUUGGCGAUGGAACAAGCUUCAUCAUCGAGAAAGGUCACGUCCUUUGGAUACCAAUGAUAAGCGUCCUCAGAGAUCCAAAGUACUUUCCCAAUCCGGAGAAAUUCGACCCAGAGCGAUUUGGCAAGGAUAACAGAGCAAACAUCCACACAGGAGCAUACUUACCGUUCGGAAUUGGUCCGAGGAACUGCAUCGGAUCACGGUUGGCGUUAAUGGAGGUCAAAUGUAUUCUCUACUUUCUGCUGAAGGACUUCAGCAUUGAGCCAUACGAAAAAACGCAGAUUCCGCUGCAGAUGGCGAAGAGUUUGUUCACUGUAGGGGCGGAGAAAGGCAUCUGGUUGGAGUUUAAACCCCGUGUGCUUUAAAAUAAAAACAAUAUUUUUUCAUUAAUCAAA